AUGAGCUCGUCACCAAACUCGGAUGAAGAACCGGAUCGAAAAAAUGAUUUCAACCCGCUACUGGCGAGCGGUAAACGGAAAAGUGCAUUUCUACCGUACAAACCAUCGAACACGGUUCUGACAAAUCUGCAACGGGGAAACACGGAGGCCAGCAUCCCCAGUGAAAUUUGUCUCAAUUUUCACGAAAAAACUGGCCAGGGUGAGAUUACGGAGGAACAAGUGCGUGCUGAGCCAUCGGUUGAUGCGGUCGAUUCCAACAACUACACUCCGUUGCAUUGGGCGUGCUACUACGGCCAACUGGCAGCUGUAACUAUUCUACUAAAGUGCGGUGCGGAUCCAAAUAAGCAAGCUAACGAUAUGAUAACCCCUUUGGUUAUUUCCGGUGCCGGUGGACACAAUGAUAUCGUGCGGCUUCUUCUGGAGAGGGGAGCCUCCAUCAACCAUAUGGAUAUUGUUGGGAAUACUGCGCUCAUGUAUGCGGCGGCCGGAAACCAUCCGCACACGUGCAACGAGCUGUUGAAUGGUGGAGCGAGUUUUACCGAUACGAAUGAAGACGGAGAAUCAGCUUACUCGUUGGCGGUGAAAAAUGGUGCCAAUUUAGCGCAAGCAGUACUAGAAAACCACAUAACCGCCUUGCUAAUGACCUAGAGCUGGGCCGACAGAGUAGUAAAUGCCGGAGGCAACACGAACGCGAACAAAAUAUGUGAUAUAGACGACGACAUUUUGGUUUGCUUUUUUAAGUAAGAAUGCUUGAAUAAAUAGCAUUAAAA